AUGUACGUGGUGGGCGGCACGAUCCGCGAGAUGGAGCCGGAUGGGCUGGUGCAGCUGCGCGGCGGCGGGCUGCGGGAGCGCGCGAUGGCGGGGGCCGCGGCGUCGGCGAUGAACGAGAGCCUCUCGGCAGCGCAGGAGCGCGGCGAGAAGCUCGCCCAGGUUGGGGACAAGGCGGAAAACCUCGCGCACGAGGCGGACGAGUUUGCAUCGCUGGCAAAGCAGCUGCGCAGGCAGCAGGAGGGCGGCUUCUUCGGAGGGCUGUUUGGGUGA